AACUAUAGUCACUGGACAUUGUGCAGUGCACAAUGGAAGACUGAGUUAUCACGAGGGUAUAAACAACACAGAGACUGCGGUUAUCUGUUUUUCUGCCUGUUGUGUUUUUAUUAUUUGAGAGUCAGUGGUAGCCUAUUUGCCGGGUCCGGAUGGAGAUAUUAGGAAGCACGUUUGACGACUCGGUGUUUUCAGAGGCGAGAGACCGAGUGUGUGUGUCUCUGUCUUCUUACAACGCUAAGCUGUGUGAACCAGAGUGGUUUUGUGUGAGUGCCGCUCUUGAUACAGAAGAUCCUCUGGAGAAGCAGAAAGUUUAUAAGUUCAGAGGUGACCUGGCCGUGAGACAGGGGAACUAUCAGAAAGCCUUGGAAGCGUACAGCUGCUGCCUGGAAUGGAUCGCUGACAACAACUUGACCAUCAGAAGAGAUGUACUGGAGGGAAUGGCCCGAUGCUGCACUAAACUGGGACAGAGAGACAGGGCACUGGACUUGGCUGACUUACUGAGCAAAGAGGCCUCCAACACCUGUCACCUGACCAGCCUCCUGCUGCUUAAGGUCAGCAUCUACCAGCAUUUUGGAGCUGUAGGAUCAAAGAUGUCGUCUCUCCAGCAGCUGUGUAGCCUGCUGCCCUUCAACCCCUGGCACUGGUUCAACCUGGGCCAAAUGUGUCUGCAGCUGCUGGACAGCAACAAAGCCACAAGAUCCUGUUCCUCUGAGAGGUGUGAAUCAGCAGAAGAGCGGGAUGAUGGAGAGACUGAGGAGCAACAGGAGGAGGCAGCAGAGCUCGACGAGGACAGAAUCCGACUCAAAGCUUGCACUUGUUUCAUCCGGACGAGACUCCUGUUGCGAAUCCUUCGGCAGCAGCAGUCCUCCUUUGUGUUGCAGCGCAGUGAAAGAGCUCUACAGACGACAGAUGAGGCGCUACAGCAGCUAAAUCCUAAAGAAUCAACGCUGCAGACUCUCACUGAGGUGAUGUCAGAAGACCUGAUCCCGGAGAAGAUGAGGGAGGACUACCAGGACGGGGAGAGUCUGGCCAGUGUGUGUGUGCAGAGCUUCAGAGAGCGCUGGUGGAACAAGAUCUUACUGACUGGAGUGUUAGAGAGUGAUGGAGGUCAGCAUCAGACAACGACGGACACAAAGUCCUGAUGUUGAAUGUUUACAGAGAAGAAGAAGAUGCUGAGGGUGGUUCAGUCACUGUAUAGAUCCCAUCAAAGAACUACAGACACAGACUGAAUGACAGAUCACACUCCAAAGACAAAAGUGCACAUUAUAUCUGCUGAGCCUUACUGGUGUCAAAACAAGUCCCCAUAUGACUGAAAGUCCCGCAAGAGGUCAAAUGUCAACUUUUAAUGCUGAAAACCACAAAUACAAGUCACACUGUUCUCAGUUAAUCCUUCAGUACCAAAAAACCCAGACAUACACAGACCCAUGAAGGUUUCAUCCAUCCACCUCAGACUGUGUGAAAUAUAACUGUAACAGUGGCAAAUCGGAGACAUUUUUAUUCUUUUAAUGUUCUGCCUGAAAUCCUUGUAAAACAUUAAAAUGCUGUGUUUAUGCA